CCCACGGGUCUCCGUGCAAAACGACCUCGCCAACUCGCCCACAAUUUGCAGGCUCAAAGCAGGAGAGUGAUCUCACUGGCUACUCAAGCAUCGUCACCCUGCUUCUCCUGUUAUCAUGACAGAAUCGGAUUCAGGCGACAUCGCACCUUCAACUUCCGCCAGAAAGCGCGUCAGGACAGUAUCCAAUCUCACCGAGGAGCAGAUCCAGCACAAGCGCAACGUUGAUCGCAGGGCCCAGCGUGCGUUUCGCCAGCGGACGAAAGACUGCAUUUCGAAGCUUGAAGAGCAGUUUGGCCAGCUCCAGGAGACAUGCUGCGAGAAGGAACAGGAGCUGCAAUCAGUGCGCGAGCACAACAAAGCCUUACUCCAGUGUCUCGAGACUGUAAUUGAUUUGGUCUCCUCCACGGUGGGCCAGUUUAGGGAUGACGCAAACACGACUGUUAUUCCAGGAAGCUGUUCUCAUGCGCUCCACGCCAAGGUUGGACACCUUCGCGACGGAACCCACCCACCCGGCACCGAGAAAAUUACCGGAGCUGAACAAACAGCCUCCAUGAGCCCAUAUCUCUCGUCGCAUGAUGGUCACGUAACAGGCCGGGUCUCAUUCGAGACAGGAAACGCGACCUACCAAGUCUCGCCAGCCGCCUCUGGGAGAUCCGAGGACAGCCACAAUGCACAACCAGGAAGCCAUCAGCUUCCCGUGAGUACUUCAGAUGUCUCCAGCUUCUCUCUGUUGGAUGUUCAGAUAGCCCAGUCGGCCAUGCCCGAGCCUCAUACGGAGCCCUUCGCCGCCAUGCCAACCCCCUGCAGUACGGCCAUGGCCAAUACGCCGCCUUAUGUGCCGCAGAUCGCCACCGUUCUUCCGUCCCAUUUUCCAUCGACAUGUCCUCUUGACGAGAUACUUCUUGACUUUCUCAGCUCCCGCAGAGACAUGCUCUCCAAGGGCGUCUCCCUCGAAUCAGUCGCGGGUCCGGAAAAGCCGACCGUCAAGGCGCUAUUUACCGCGGAACUUGCCACGCCCGUGCAUCCGCUCAGUGGGAUCAUGUCCAGAGUCCUGUCCACGUUCCCCUGUGUAGGCGAACCGGAGAAGUUGGCCUUCUUUUAUUUGAUGUGUCAGACAAUGAGAUGGCAGAUCUCCCCCACAAAAGAGAAUUAUUUUGCAAUGCCGACAUGGCUGCGGCCUACGGUGACGCAAAUAGCAGUUCCACACGCAAUAUGGAUAGAUAACAUCCCGUGGCCUAGCGUCCGGGACGUGUUGAUCGAGAACGCCGACAAGUAUCCGUUCGAGGUGUUUUCCGAGCAGUAUUCUCAGAGAGUCACUGUAAACUGGCCAUUUGAUGUCCUCGAUGCCGUCUCGGACCUUGACAACGAGGCCGUGUUACAUUCCAUCUUCGAGAAACACAUCCGUAACCUCAAGAAUUGGACCGUCUCUGCCGAGUUCCGGGGGUGCUUUCCUGAGGUGGCCUCUUUGAUAAGCUCUUGUGAGUAGCCGGGAAUGACCAGGGAUGACAAUGCCAAAUUGGUUUCUGCAAUGGCUGGGGUGGGGGUAAGGGCAGAAAUGUGUGAACGUAUGGAUGGGUCUCGAACCAAUAUCUUCUACAUUCUAAGCAUGGACGGACUAAAAUACGGAGUUCAGGCUCAGGUUCAGUCUCAAAACAAACGGC